CAGAGGGCGGUGCGCCGCGCGCGGCAGAUUCGAAGCGCUGUCGGGCGGGGUGGCCCCGAGUUUAGGGGCCGGGCGGGCCAACAGGGUCCUGCAGCCAGGUCCCCGCGGAUCCCGGAGCCGCGGCGGCGACAUGGACGAGGCGGUGGGCGACCUGAAGCAGGCGCUGCCGUGUGUAGCUGAGGCGCCCGCCGUGCACGUGGAGGUGCUGCAGCGCGGCGGCAGCACUGCAAAAAAAGAAGACAUAAAAUUGAAUGUUCGAAAGUUGCUCAACAGGCAUAAUAUUGUGUUUGGUGAUUACUCAUGGACGGAGUUUGAUGAACCUUUUCUGACUAGAAAUGUACAGUCUGUGUCUAUUGUUGACACAGACCUAAAGAUUAAAGAUCCUCAGCCCAUUGAUUUGAGUGCCUGCACUGUUGCUCUGCAUGUCUUCCAGCUGAAUGAAGAUGGCCCUAGUAGUGAGAAUCUGGAGGAGGAGUCAGAAAACAUAGUCGCAGCAAAUCACUGGGUUCUGCCUGCAGCUGAAUUCCAUGGGCUUUGGGAAAGCCUAGUGUAUGACGUGGAAGUCAAAUCACAUCUCCUUGACUACGUGAUGACGACCCUGCUGUUCUCAGACAAGAAUGUGGACAGCAACCUCAUCACCUGGAACCGAGUGGUGCUCCUGCACGGUCCUCCAGGAACUGGGAAGACAUCCCUGUGUAAAGCCUUAGCCCAGAAACUGACCAUCAGACUGUCCAGCAGGUACCGGUACGGCCAGUUCAUUGAAAUAAACAGCCACAGCCUCUUUUCCAAGUGGUUUUCAGAAAGUGGCAAGCUGGUAACUAGGAUGUUCCAGAAGAUCCAAGACUUGAUUGAUGACAAGGAAGCUCUGGUGUUCGUGCUGAUUGAUGAGGUGGAAAGUCUCACAGCUGCUCGCAAUGCUUGCCAGGCAGGUGCGGAGCCAUCGGAUGCCAUCCGUGUGGUCAAUGCUGUCUUGACCCAAAUUGACCAGAUUAAAAGGCAUGCCAACGUGGUGAUUCUGACCACCUCUAACAUCACGGAAAAGAUCGACGUGGCCUUCGUGGACAGAGCUGACAUCAAGCAGUACAUUGGGCCGCCCUCGGCAGCAGCCAUCUUCAGAAUCUAUCUCUCGUGUGUGGAGGAGCUGAUGAAGUGCCAGAUCAUAUACCCUCGGCAGCAGCUGCUGACACUGCGCGAGCUAGAGAUGAUUGGCUUCAUUGAGAACAACGUGUCCAGGCUCAGCCUCCUCCUGAAUGAAAUCUCAAGGAAGAGCGAGGGCCUCAGCGGCCGGGUCCUGAGGAAGCUCCCAUUUCUGGCUCACGCACUGUUCAUCCAGGCCUCCACUGUCACCAUCGAGGACUUCCUGCAGGCCCUGUCCCUGGCAGUGGACAAGCAGUUCGAGGAGAGGAAGAAGCUGUCGGUUUAUGCCUGAUCCUGGCCCCACAUCUGCAGUUUCUGUGGCAGACUUGCAGGUGGUACCCCUGGCCCCCAGCUCCGUGCGCAGAAGCCCUCGGCAGAACCGCUCAGAUCUGCAAGCCAUGGGCAAAGCGGGAGCUUCCAAGAGAGGACUGUGCUUAUGUUAUCUGGAGUGCAUCCUGGAAGCCAAGCAGCUGAGCAUUCUCAGUGUUUUUAAAAGAGAGUUCAAAUUCUGUUGGUUUCUCUGUAAAGGACCCAGUCACACACGCAGUUUGUUUGAAAUAAGGGGAAAUCCGUGUGGUUGUUACAGAGACACAGAGAAACUCAAUCGCCCUGAGUAAGCUUGUGAUCGCAGCUUCAAAACAUGGACUCGCCUCACCUGGAAGGCAGCCCGUGAGGUCAGCAGCUGGGCUCAGGCGCUGCUGUGCGGCUCUACCUGAGGCUUUGUUGUCAAGGCAUCAUUCGUGUCCCCAGUGCGGAUGCAAAUGGGUUAAUGAUGGGUGCAUUUCACAGAAUGCUAUGUUUUGUUUUUUAAAGGAUGUAGCCUGUGGUCAUAGUAAGUAAUUAAAUUCAUUUUCAGAAUUUUCUUUGA